AUGAUUAAGAAUUGGUUUGCUUGUGAACCGGUUGAUCUGAUAUCCAAUGGUGAAAGCAUGGAAGAUUCAAGGCGCGAAAAAGAGGAGUUCUAUCUAAAAUGUUUGGGGAACAGACGGAUUAAAAAGAAGGGGAAGGGAUGGAAAGAGAUAUUUGUAUAG